AUGACAUUUUUAUUAUUAAUUUUAAGACCCAUUCUUACAAAGGCUUCGGGCAGCAGCCUGUAUGCGGUGCUGGGUGUGAAUAAAGGCUGUUCGCAUGAUGAAAUCAAGAAGGCUUAUAGAAAGUUGGCCCUCCUUUAUCAUCCAGAUAAAAAUCCACAUAACCCUGAGGCCACAGCAAAAUUUCAAGAAGUGAACCAAGCCAACCGGGUGCUCAGCGAUCCAACGAAACGAGGCAUCUAUGAUAGGUACGGCUCAAUCGGACUCUACGUCGCUGAACAGUUUGGCGAGGAGAACGUCAACACAUAUUUUGUUCUAACAAGUCCGUGGUGCAAGGUUUUAUUCCUGGCUUGUGGACUGUUGACAGGAUGCUAUUUGUGCUGCUGCUUCUGUUGUUGUUUCAAUUUCUGCUGCGGCAAAUGUCGACCUAGAAACGUUGACAACAGCGGUCAGUACGGCAACCUCCACGAUGAUUUGGACAGCCAGGAUGGAUCUCAAGAACACGAACCAAUUAUUUCUCAACCUCAGCCGGCGGCGUCAGGCAAAGCUCCAUUUGAAAACAUUGAGCUGACCGAAAAGAAAACGUACCUCGAUUAAUUUUUCAAUUCUCAUAAAUGGUAGGUUUGCAGAUGAGUGUAUCUCGUUUAUUUAUUUUUGUAAUUCAUAAUUUGGCCACUUCGAUUGCAAAUUAACUAAACAACUCAUUCCAUUCUAUUCAUUCUAUUGUUAUCUCUCCUUGGUGUGCGAUUAUCUGUUUUUCAAAUUGUUUGGUAGUUCAACUGCAUAUUAGCCCUCUCUGCUUUCAUUUAUUUAUUUCAUUUUUACAUUCAACCACGACGAAGUUUUUAUAGAUUUGUAGCGAAUUUUUUCUGUUUGAUAGAUCGACUGUAAUGUGGUGUAUGCCUAUUCUGAUCAGUGUUUGUUGGUAGCAUUCAAAUACUGAUUGACUCAUUCUUUGUAGAUUUAUUCAUAUCCUUUAGCACAUUCUUUCUUCAAUUUGAAGUUUCAAUAUUCUUAUCAUUUGCUUUUCUGCGUGUCUCCGUCAUCAGCACAUGUUGACUUCCAGCGUCAUCAUGUGAUAGAAUUGUUUGACGUUAACAAUGAAUAAGCUUUGAUAUCAAGCUCUUGUUCACUUUUAGUCUAAUUAAUCUGUUGACGAAGGAUUAAUAAUGAUCGUACUGUUGUAGUCAUUCAAUUUUACGUGUUACGUGUUCGUAAUCAGUGCGUUGUGUAUUUCCUUCAUUUUACACGUUCAUUUCUUUAUAAAAAAAAUUAAAUAGUAAAAUGUAAAACUCAUAAUUAACAUUUGUUCUAUCUAGUCACAAUCUAGUCAUUUAUCAUGUUUAAAUAUACGUAUACAAUUACUAUGUUUUAUAUAUAUAUAUAUAUAUAUAUAUAUAUAUAUAUAUAUAUAUAACUAUAUGUCUUUCUUGAGUUCUACUUUUAAAUAUCAUUUAUUACUUUUUGAACAUUUUAUAAAAUGUAAAUCAUUGAAAAUAUUGUAUUUAUGCAUAUUAUCUAUUUGAACAAUAUUAAAAAGUGUCAAAAGAA